AUGUACGAGCAAGCGAUGUGCAAGAAAAUAGAGUCGGCCAACGGGGGAUUGGGUUUGGACGAGCUUUGUGCAGCAAGAAGGGCGAAAGAAGCACUAAUUGACAUGAAGAAACAAGCAAAGAAAGAAGUUGAGGAGAAAGACAGUGAACGGGAGGAAGAGCCGCUGCUGAUGGAAAAUCGGAAGCGAUUUGUGCUUUUCCCAAUCAAAUAUCACGAGAUUUGGCAGAUGUAUAAGAAAGCAGAGGCGUCGUUCUGGACAGCAGAAGAGAUUGAUCUGUCAAAGGACCUGCAUGACUGGGACAGGAAGCUGAAUGAGGACGAACGAUUCUUUAUUUCACAUGUGCUUGCGUUUUUUGCGGCAUCAGAUGGGAUUGUGAACGAGAAUCUGUUGGAGCGGUUCAGCAAUGAGGUGCAGGUGCCAGAGGCACGGUGCUUCUACGGGUUCCAGAUCAUGAUGGAAAACAUUCACUCGGAGACGUACUCGCUGCUGAUUGAGACGUAUAUCCGGGAUCCGGUGCAGAUGGCGUUUCUCUUUGAUGCAAUUGAGACGAUCCCAAGCAUCAAGUUAAAAGCAGACUGGGCGCUUCGGUGGAUCGCAGAUGAACGAUCGACCUUUGCAGAGCGGCUGGUGGCGUUUGCCGCUGUAGAGGGUAUUUUCUUCAGUGGAUCCUUUGCAUCGAUUUUCUGGCUUAAGAAACGGGGCCUGAUGCCUGGUCUGACGUUCUCAAACGAGCUGAUUUCGCGUGACGAAGGGCUUCAUACAGAUUUUGCUUGCUUGCUUUUUAGCCAUCUUCGCAAACGUCCCAGUAAGGAGACAAUCCAGGCCAUUAUUGUCGAGGCAGUCAGCAUCGAGCAAGACUUUUUAACGUCCUCACUGCCCUGUCCUCUUCUGGGGAUCAAUGCCGGGCUUAUGAAGCAAUACAUCGAGUUUGUAGCCGAUCGGCUUUUGGUUGCCCUUGGGAAUAACAAAUAUUACAAUGCAACCAAUCCAUUUGAUUUCAUGGAAAACAUUUCACUGCAGGGAAAAACCAAUUUCUUUGAAAAGCGUGUUUCGGAUUACCAGAAAUCCGGUAUCAUGGCCAGUAUUAAAAAACAUGACUAUGAUCCAAUCGAUGCACAUACUUUUUCUCUUGAUGAAGAGUUUUAG